AUGGGGUUUUCUAAAGAAAGCGCUUCGCCAGCAUCUUCAGUAACAGAUGAAAAUUCGAUUGAGAGUGAAACUUCCUGGUCCAAAGGCGCAGCAGACAGCAAGGAACUGGAUAUUUAUGAGCCAAAGCCUAGUCUUCAUAAAGUCUUGCCUGAGCUUUUUGAAGAAAAUGUCUUUGCUAAGCCUUACCGCACUGCGUCGUUAGGCCUAGAAAGACUUGACCCAGCGCGCGAUGGCUUCCCUGAAAUUGUACCCCAACAAGGCCCCAAGCAAGGACAAUGGGAAUUCCGCGAACCCGAUUUUUGGACUUGUGGUUUCUUCCCUGGAACCUUGUACGCUCUACUCGAACGUUCUAUCAAAUACCCGGGAUCUUUGGGGACAGACGAUACCGUACUACAAUCCGCUGCAACUAUCAGAAAAUACCUCUUGCCUCUUUGCAAAUCCUGGUCUGAACCACUUCACGCCAUGUCCCUUAGAACAGAUACCCACGACAUAGGCUUCAUCAUCAUGCCUGCACUACGAAGAGACUGGGAACUCUUCGGAAAUGAGCGCAGUCUAACUUCUAUCGUUCAAGCGGCCAACAGCUUGGCUACUCGUUACGUCCAGUCUGCUGGCGCCAUUCGUAGUUGGGACUGUCUUUUGAAGAACGACAUAACCGUCACUGAUACUGAAAACAACCUUCUUGUCAUCAUCGACAGUAUGUGCAAUCUAGAUCUGCUGUUCUACGCUGCCGCCCAAACCGGGGAGCAAAGACUGGCUGAUAUUGCUGCAACUCAUGCGACAACGUUGUUAAAGACGCACCUUCGACCAGAAGGCGUGAAAUCUUUAGUCAAAGAUGGUUACAAUGGGCAACUUUACUCGACGUGCCACGUUGCCAAUAUUACUCCCCAGACAGGAGAUUUGAAAUGGCGAUGGACGGCGCAGGGCUAUGCCAAUGAUUCAACAUGGUCGAGAGGCCAAGCCUGGGCUAUACUUGGCUAUACGCAAUCAUACAGUUGGACCAAAGAUGAAACGUUUCUUGAGGUAGCGUGUGGAACUGCUGAGUACUUUAUGUAUCGGCUGGAAACAUCACCUUCAUGCGUGGAGCUUUCAUCCGACACUAGCGACAACGCCCGAAAGGGUCGACAUGUUCCGCUCUGGGACUUUGAUGCGCCGAUAGAAAAUCCUCAAGAUCCAUUACGUGAUUCAUCUUCUGGUAUUAUCGCGGCCAACGGAAUGCUGCUGUUGUCUCAAGCCCUCAUCUCGGUUGGUAAACACGCUCUAUCUCGCCGGUUUUUCGACGCAGCCAUUACGAUCAUCAGAGAUACUCUAGAUGUAUCUCUUGCUACCGAAAAGGCGAGGUUUACCAAGGAUCGUGAUGGAACGUCGCCUCUUCCAGUAGAGGAUGUUGUCUUUGGCGAGACUUUCGAUGCCCUGUUGAAGCAUGGAACGGCUAACAACAACGAAAAUGCAAGGAGAAGGUAUUCCAAUCACGGUUUAGUGUAUGGAGACUACUAUCUUGUUGAAUUUGGAAACCUUCUUUCCAGCAUGGGAUUAGUUUAG